GCAUUGUACAGCAGCAGUUCCAACACAGCCUCAUCCAAAAGCAUCAAAAUGGUCAAGAUCAUCGCUCUCGUUGCCUGUCUGGUCGUUGUAGUCGCUACCAGCGAUGAUCAUUCGCAGUACAAAUUCGAGUAUGGAGUCAAGGAUGGACACACCCACGAUCACAAGUCCCAGUGGGAACACCGGGAUGGCGGCGUCGUGAAGGGACAGUACACUCUGGAUGAAGCCGACGGAACCCACCGGGUUGUUGACUACACCGCGGACCAUCACAGCGGCUUCCAGGCUCAUGUACAACGUUCCGGACAUGCCCAUCAUCCUCAUGGCGAGAGCUACACCAAUAUUGAUCAGCAUUAUUGAGAUGUGCGAAAAUGGUGAGUGAAUGAGAAAUAAAGAGGAUGCCACGAGAUUGUUUAGGUCGUAAA